AUGGAUGAAGACGUGAUUCUUAAAUUGUCUGGUAAACAAGCUGAUAAAAUUAAUGCUCCUUGUAUACAAAUUACUGGCACUAAUGGUGAAGAUCUAAUUGAAGUGUGGCUCAUUCCAAAUUUUUGGCCACAUAGAUGGGAUA